AAAAAGAAAAAGAAAUAGAGAUUAAAAUAAAAUUAGGGUUUUUUCAUAUCUUUACUCUGCGCUCUGCUCAAUGCUAUUUGGGGAAAUCCUCCACCUCCAGAAUUUCUGUCACUCAUUUUGCCGUUAGCAGAUUCAGGGAGGCACAUAGACAAAAUGAGUGCAAGUGCCCGAAGAACCCCCAAAUCUGGGAGGCAGUCCCUGUUUUUUCAAGAUUUAGCAACGCCUGUGUCAUCUCGACGGUCUGGGGGAAAGUUCACGACCCCCGGUCAGGCAGCUGCUGUUUCAGCUCUGUGGCGUGAAAAUUUUUCCAACUCCGAUCUCCCUCCUCCUCCUGUUUUUACACUUGAAGACCGCUUUGAUCUUUCUCCAGAAUCUGGGAUCCCUGACUAUCCAGUGUCUCCAGAAGUGAAAUCGGAUCCUAGGACCCCAUUGCAAAGUUUUGGCAGGGAACUUUCAACUCCCAAGAGCAAAUCAGAUGCAAGCACUUCAUAUGCUGGAGCUAGCAAGCCGUCACCGCAGCAGAGUCAGCAGAGCCCUAUGGCUACUUCAAGCUGGUGGUCACCUGCCAAGACUGGAGGUAGUGCCGAGCAAGAAGAUAAAGGGAAAGGUUCACCUGUUGAAGGUGUGGUUCAACCUGGUGCCUUGAUAACACUGCCACCGCCGAGGGAGGUUGCAAGGCCUGAGGUGAAGAAAAGUCUGGUACCUAUUGGGAACAUGAAUGGAAACAUGAAUGAGGAGGAAUGGGUCACUGUCUAUGGGUUUAUGCCUGCUGAUACAAAUCUUAUACUGCGGGAGUUUGAAAAAUGUGGGGUGAUUUUGAAACAUGUUCCUGGCCCGAGAGAUGCUAAUUGGAUGCACAUUUUAUAUCAGAAUCGGUCAGAUGCUCAACGAGCACUCAGCAAAAAUGGCAUGGAAGUAAAUGGAGUUCUCAUCAUUGGAGUCAAGCCGGUGGAUCCAAUGCAGCGCCAAGCACUAAAUGAGAAACUCAACAACAAAGGAUUUAUGACAUUACCACCUGCCCCUUCCAAUAGAAACGUGGAGUCGAAUGGUUUCAAAGUCUCUCCAUACCCAUACUAUCUGCAGAAUGGCAGUUCAAACACCUGCCAAUCCUCUGGAACCAUGGCCACUCCUGCAAAAUCUGUGGUGUCGAAAAUUGUGGACCUGAUGUUCGGUGUCUAGUUUGUUGACCUCACAAUUUUAUCAACCUCUAUGUGCGGAUUCAGCCUGUCCUGGUGCUUUGUGGAGGAUGGCAAAUGUGUCUUUCCGCGGCAAAAGUCAUAUUGAUACAGCGAAUAGUUGAGAUCCGUUAGUAUAUCAGUGUCUAUAGCAGAUAUUAUUCGAUUAAAAGAGCUUCACUUUUCUGUGAAGCUCGUUGAGGUGUAGAGGUGUACCAUCUGUUUGUAAUGGGGAUUUUGUAAUAGAGAUAAACUAAUCGUUGUGACGCUUUUCCCGGAGGUUGCUGGGCCGAGCAGGGUGCUCGGCCGGAACGCUGUAUAAGGGGAGUUUUCGAUUGAUUCAAACUUAUUAAUAACUUUGUUGUUUA